AUGCUUUCUAGAGAAGCCAACGAGAAGAAAGUGAAGCGCACACGGGAGGUCGAGGGCGAUCAACUCCACUUGCUGCGUGAGCCUUCUGAUAAGAAGCGUGCUUCACUGUUGAGCGAUGAAAUCUUCAUAUGCUUCAAAUCGUUGUUCCAGGGAGAUCAUGGAGGCGUUGAAUUUGCUACAGCUUCUCAUGAGAGUGUCUUGCAGUCUCAGGGCCUCCUGUCGAGAUCCACACGGCUGGUUGCAAACAGGCCUUUCAGAGGGGGGCCCUUAGCAGAUGGCCUCGUGAUUGAUGACUAUUUUGCCAUUUCUCGAGAACCACGCCGUCUAGCUCCUGAGCAAAGUGCUGCAGCAAGAUGUUUCUCCCAGAGUCAGGCGGUGUACAAAAAGUACGACCUGAUCGGCUCUCCACAAAAGGAUGUCAUUGGCGAAAAGAGGGCUAGAGUUAUAGGAGCCGAGAUCAACUCCAACGACCAUGCUGCCCGUCGUGGAAUCACUUCUGUUGGAUCGCCGAUUGGGAAGCGCUUGAGUCUUAGCUGGGUGACCUUCUCAACUACCGGCUACAACGGACUCUCUUCACCUGUGUCUUCUUGGCCUUUCAUGAGCCUCCUCACCGCAGUACACAAGCUUGUGAAUGCUGCCAAUGUUGAUGCGGAUGCGCCCAAGACAGUUGCUCUUCCAAGAUCUGUGGCGAAUGAGUUAUGCCUCAUGAGCGUUUUGGCUCCCCUCAUGGUGUCUGAUAUUGCUGCUGAUUUUUCUGAGGAGAUCUUUGCUACGGACGCCUCCAAUACAAAAGGUGCCAUUGUGUCUACUACCACACUGCCUUCCGUUGCACAAGAGCUUUGGCGGUGUUGCAGAACAAAGGGGGCAUACUCGCGCCUCAAGACUGACUAUGAGCUCCUGGUUGAACGACUUGGUAUUGCUGAGGAUGUUGGAGAGGAUGGCAAUGCCCCUCCUGCUGCUUUUUCAGGCCAGAGGCCUGUGAAACCUAUAGCCUUCAAGUUUGACUUCAUAGAAAUUUAUGCAGGGUCCGCAAGAGUCUCGAGUGCAGCUUCAUCUAUGGGCCUGGUCGUUGGGCCACCAGUCGAUAUAGCUUACAGUGGUGAGCUUGACCUGUCCUUGGUGAGAGUGAUUGGCUGGCUUUCCUACAUGGUCACCUCUGGACUCCUUGGUAGCUUGAUGGUUGAGCCGGUGUGCACUACAUUUUCAAUCAUUCGUCGGCCUCGGCUGAGAUCUAGCUCUGUUCCUCUUGGGUUUGACCCUCGUGAUCCCAAGACUCAUCUUGGAAACGUGCUGGCGUUGAGGGCAUUGACUCUCCUUUUCCUUGCCCACCGCUAUGGUGUGCCUGCCUUAGGUGAGCAGCCGUGGUCGUCUAUGAUGAGGUUUCUUCCAAGUUGGAGAGCUUUGGAGGAGAAGCCCGGAGUGAGAACGAUGCGCUCUGAUUCCUGCGCCUUUGGGCCAAUACAUCUCAAGAGUUUUCGCUUCAUUGCCGUGCACCUUGGCAUAGAUAGGCUAAACAGACGCUGCAGUGGAGACCACAGCCACAUCCCUGUGGAGGGCAGGUACGCAAAGGCAUCAGCAUCAUACACCCACGAGCUUGCCCAUGAGAUUGCUGCCUGUUUUGCUGAAGCAGUCGCUGCCAGGAAGAAUGUUUUCCAAGCUGAAGAAGCUGGGCCAGUCGACGGCCUAGAAAAUCAGCUGGUCAAUCUGGUAGCCACAUCCUCUUCGUGGAAGGCCCGGUCAGCAUGGUCUUUUCAGACGGAAAGGCAUAUCAAUGUUUUGGAGAUGAAGAGUGUAGUCAGAUUAGCUGAGCGUUUGAUCGGCGUCCCUCGCCCUUUGAGAGUUGUCAACUUCGUCGACUCCUACGUGAUCAGAUGUGCUGCUUCUAAAGGAAGGUCUUCUAGCAUUGCGCUGUCACCCUUCUUGCGGAA